AAAGUGUGUUUAAUUACUUUAAUUACUUUAAUAUGAGCUCCAUUACUCAGUUUAGCUCCAAGUGAAUAACAUUGUCCAGGGUUUACCAGCAAAUACUGUUUCUGGAUGCAGCCAUGSUACCUGUCAGGGAGGAGGUAAAGGGAGGAGCAUCCCAGCGUCAGACACUCACCCAAUUUUUUUAUUUACUCUCAUUUCUGGAAUUUGCUUCACAUGACUCUCAUUUUAUGUCCUUCUGUUGUCUUUUAUUUCUUUUAUUCCUUGUCUUUUCUUCCUUGCAUCAUAACCAUCAUCAUCACUGUGACCAGUUUGCAGGAUAUGGUGGCAAAGUACCAGAAAAGAAGGAACCGAAUUCAGGGCCACUCAGACACAGACUCUGAAGUGGAGGACCGUGUGGAUGGAGUGAAGUCCUGGUUGUCCAAAAAUGAUGGCACUGUCAAGAACCAGUCAGAUGAGGACAGAUGUGCUGUAAAAACUGACUUAAAGGAAGAAAAAGAGUGGAAAGAGGCUAAGGAGAAACAUAAAGAGCAGAGAGAGCCACAGACAAUCAGGCCGGUGCCUGUUGUGGCCUCUCUGAGUUAUAGAAAAAAACCUGACCUGGAUUUCAUCAUAGACAAAAGUGACUCCCUCCUCCGGUUUACCAGGAAGAAAGCAGAGUCAGAUGACGUCCCAAGCAGAUGCAAAACUGAGCUGCUAAACCAGAAAUGUCAUGUUGACCCUUAUUUAGCCUCUUCCAGGAGACCUCCUCUUUCACUGGAUGACUUGAGUGACAGUCAGUCAGUCAUCUCUCAGGCUCGUUCAGAGGCUAACAGUAGCAUCAGGAAAGGUACGGACAGCCGUUGGGGUCAGUUUAAUCUUUCAUUCACUAAGCAAGGAUCAUCCUCCACCCCUCCUGAGAUAAACCUGAGGAAUAAGGUUCAUCCUGGCAGCAGCUUGGGGCCGUCAGGUCUAUACACACACCAUCAAAGCAUCUCUGGUACAGUUGGGGCCAGCAGCAGCUGCUGCCCUCCCAGUAGGAGAUCAAGGAGUCAAAGUCCUGGAAGUGUUGGCCAACUUGAUUCCCAGGUAUUCCUAGUUGGUAGCAGUUACCUCGCUAACGGUGGCAUUGACCUAGAUGACAGUAGAAAUGUGGCCUUACCUGAGAGGUCCAUGUUCAGUCCUCUGUCUUCCAUUGGUCGCAGUUUAUCAAUACCUCCACCCAGAGACAGGCCCACUUCUACUGAUCUGCCAAUUGAUACCCUGGACAUUCGGCCGGUCAGCCAUCAGAACUACCUUGACCCUGACUUGGAGAAAGCCAUCAAUGAAGUGCUGAGUUAUAAACCGAUAAAAUUCAAGCGCAAGAGCUUGGAAGACUCUGAAGAUGAUGAAAGAUCCAGGAGUAAUGAAGAUGAGAGCCAAAAGAUGGAGAAUGGAGAGAGGAUGUAUCCCACCAGAGGUGUUAGAUGUUCUGAAUCUGCUGUGGAUUGCAGGAGAUCAACCUGCAGUACUAGCAGCCGUCACCAUGGCAGCAAGACCAAAAGAAAGAGCAAGAAAAAGAGAAGUCACAGCUUUGACUCUGACAGUCCUGGAGACGAUCCUGUUGAAAGAAACAACUCUAAAAGAUGGCUCAAAAAGUCCCAUAAAAUGUCCAAGAAAAAAGAGAAACGUCCAUCAUCUUCAGCACCUUCUGAAUCAGAUUCUGAGUCAAACUUUACAUCAACCUCUGAUGCAUCUACCAUAUCCUACCGGAGUUACAGUAGUGUGAAAACAGCCGUGGGUAAAUGGGUUCCCAGUCCAGAUGAGGAGGAGACUCUGCCACCGAACAAGAAGCAACCAAUCAGUAAGAAGAACGAAGAACAAAGGAAGAAGAAGUUGAACCGCCUGAUGAUGAAGUACUUGUACCGGACAGAGAGUGACUGAGGUAGACAGUAGGUUCCUGGCCUGAAGGAUGCUGUGAAGCAUGGUGUGACCUAACCAAUCACAGAAUGACUAACAUUAUCAGACAUUUACUCAGUCUGGAUGAGAAUGCUGGUUUGUUUCAGUUAACCCCGGGUGGCUGUUGAGUAGCUCAUAUCUGUCCUAAAGGGAGAAGCACCAGAAACUGGUUAAUAUUCCAAACAGUUUACUGCAUGUUGAACAUUUUAAAUCAGUUUCUUCAGAGCACUUUGUGCUUAUCUCUCUCGAUCAGUUUUCACUCUAGAUUAGCGGUUCUCAACGUGGGCAGUACCGCCCCCCGGGGUGCGUUCAGAGGACGGCACGGGGCGCUGCUGGAAAUUUUUAUAAAAGGGGGCGCUGGGAUUCCUUUGGGGGGCGUUUGGUCGAAGGUAAACUUUACACCUUACAAUCACAACAAUACCA